ACGCGUUGCGCGGGGCCGCGUUGCGCGGGGAAGGCUGCGCGGCGGCACGGCCGCCAUGGCGGUGGACAUCACCCUGCUCUUCAAGGCCAGCGUGAAAACGGUGAAAACCCGCAACAAGGCGCUGGGGGUGGCGGCCGGGGACAGCGCCAGGGAUGAGCUGCUCAAGCGCGGCGCAGCCCGCUCCAAGAGCGACUUCACCGGCCGGGCACGAGAGGUGAUUUCCAAUAUUGGGAAGCUGAAAGAUUUUCUUCUGCAACACAGAAAGGAUUACAUUAAUGCUUACAGCCAUAUUAUGUCUGAAUAUGUGAGGAUGACAGAUACAGAACGUGAUCAGAUAGAUCAAGAUGCUCAGAUAUUUAUGAGGACAUGUGCAGAUGCCAUCCAUCAGCUAAGAACAGAAGCACACAAGGAUGUCCAGUCUGCUCAGGUGAAGGAGCACAGAACAGCAGUCUUAGACUUCAUUGAAGAUUACUUAAAAAGAGUGUGUAAGCUGUAUUCUGAACAAAGAGCCAUCCGAGUUAAACGAGUGAUAGAUAAGAAGAGACUGUCCAGACUUGAACCUGAGCAGAGCAACAUUUCCAAAUCACCUCUUUCUCCUGAAAAAAAAUCACAGAAUCCUUUAGAUGAUUCUGAAGAAAAACUUUCUUCUGAGGAAAGCAAAGACAGGAAUAUGCCUGAUGCUCAGUCUAACCUUGGAUUAUGGGGGGAUGGAAAAGGUGAAGACGAACUGUCACCUGAAGAAAUACAAAUGUUUGAACAGGAGAACCAGCGGCUUGUUGGUGAAAUGAACAAUCUGUUUGAUGAAGUCAGACAAAUUGAAGGAAAAGUGGUAGAAAUCUCCAGAUUGCAAGAGAUAUUCACUGAAAAAGUCUUGCAACAGGAAACUGAUAUUGACAAUAUCCAUCAAUUAGUUGUGGGUGCAACGGAGAAUAUCAAAGAAGGCAAUGAAGACAUAAGAGAGGUGGAACUAAAUUUCCCAAACCACACCGAGAAACAGUAGAAAAAGGUCAUUAAAAAAUGUAACUGUCAUUAAUGUUUAUAUCACACGAAAAAUUAUAUUCCAUGUAAAAAUCUGAAAAAUGAGAGAGAAAAACAGGAUCCCUCCUUUCUGCCAGUCUGAAUUUUGGGAAGGAGAAUCCUAGAAAAAUAUUUGCUCUACUUUGCUGUAGUUGUUCCUUGCUCUAGUUGCUUUGAGGGUGAAAUACUUGAUAGACAGUCCUAAAGCAAUCUCUAGAAAUAGCUGUUGUCAGUUUCUUUGUGUUGAUUUUUAUUUAUUUUUUAACUCACAAGAGAUUUAUUAGAGUGAUAUCAGACUGAUUAAUCACAGUUUCACUUUUGGAACUUAACCUUUAAGCAUGUACACUUUGACGUAGUUCUUCACCUUUUGGAUGUUUUUCUAUUGCCUGGGAUCUGGAUUUAUUUUCUUAAAUCACCAACUUCAAGAUUUUGUGAGAAGCUAUAUCGUGAGAAAUCUGAAGUGGUAUAACUAACCUGACUUUUAUUCACCUGAAAGUAAUGGCAGCUUUGUUCUUUGUUCUGAAGCCACUAACAGUCAUUGUGGGUUGUCUUUUUUUGAAAUAUGUACUGUACUUUUUACUGGUGAGAGUAAUCAAGAUAAUCUUUUCCUCACAGGCCAUCAAAAACAAUGCUGGAUUUAGAGUAUGGAUCCUCUUUUUCCUUGUGAUGUGUUCAUUUUCCUUGCUUUUCCUGGACUGGUAUGAUAAUUAAAAUAUAAAAUUGUCUACAUGCUUUGUAAAACUCUUGACGUUUUUUUUCCUAUGGAAGGGGGUAUAUGACAUACCUGUAUAUUUUAUGCAUUUUUUGUGCUGCUGUGAUGGAAAUAUUUUCCAACAAAUAAGCACAUGCAUAUGUCCAUUGCUACAGAGGGAGACGAUAGCAUUCAUUGUAUCAAAUGUGAAACCACACUGAAUCCUGCACACACAAACCUUUGAAAGAGCUGGUAAGAAAGGUACAAGCUGGAGCAUAGUUAAAGGGGUAAAAAUAGAAAAGUAAAUAAAAAGUGGUUAUUGUCAGUCACCUAUGCCAAUGAUACUUAAAGUUCAGCUCUCAGUGCGCAGAACAGGUCAAGAGAAAAUUGUUGUUGUGCAAAAGCAUCUACACUGUCUCAGGCUUUUAUUUAAUCACACCACUUCAGUACACAGUGAUCAUUUUGCAGAUGUAUGACCUCUACUUCUAAUCCUUGACAACUACUUUAGAGAUCAAGAUUAUUUAAUAAUAAUUAAAAAAAAAAAGGUAAAGAGCUUUACUUGGGGGUGCAGAGAUAAUAACAAUGCUGAUUGUGCAGUGAAACAGAGCUUCUGAGAGAUCAGAACAAAGCCAAAGGACAGACAAUAUUAAAGCCAAACUCUUUGAAGUACUAAAAUUGGGAGCAAUUU